AGUUGGUAAGCAGCCACCUAGCUUGCGCAUUGUGCAACAGCGAACAGUCGUGGUUGCGCGUAAAGUACUAAAGUGCGGUGUACCUGUGCAUGCGUGUGUGUAUGCAUAUUACUUAUCUCUGUUUGUGUGUGUGUGUGUGUUUGUGUGUGUGUGUGUGUGUGCAAAUACAUAUGUGUGCGCGCGCGCCUGUCGUGUUAUCCUUAUCUCGUUCGCGACCCAAAACGCACUCUCUCUAGUCUGCUUAAGCAACUUGCUAUAGUUAAAUUGGUUUGGAAAAUUAACCCACGCACGCACGUACGCAAUUAUUACUACUGUCUUUGUCAUUACGAUUUACCAUUAUUGGUUAUUAAUUUAUUAUUUUAAGUUGUACACAGUGCAAUUGUUCAUACGACCGCCUCUACGUUAUGUGUGUAGUACCUACAUUAAUCCGAUCACGUUCGCCCGCAUUCGUUGCAUUGAGACAAUAAUCGAUCGUGAUUAUUGAUGGUCACCGUCGUCCGGUUGCUGAAAUCUCCGGCGCUGCAUCAACAGUGACAUUGUCGUCGUACUUAGCGCUAACACUCAUGGCGUCGUCGUGUCCGCCGCCGUAGUACGAUCGGYAAUCGUCGAUAACGUCGGGAGAGACGUUUCGACUUUUUCCCUGCUGUUCUUCUCCGUAUCACCCGAUCGCUAGCCAUAUGCCGACGAGUACAGCGCAGUCCCAAAUCGGAGCUAAUAUUAUAAUAUUGUGUUGGAGUGCACUUGCUGCCACCGAGCUGUGCUGAUUGACCGUCAAUACACGGUUAGCCAAUAAUUGUUUUGUAAGUCACUGUGAAUCCAAAAAAUAUUAUAGCCAUGGGUACUAUUGUAGAAAGUAUGGCUAAUUGUUCAAUAUCAACUCAGGACAGAGUAAUUGCUCCUUCAAAUCAAAUUCAAAUUUUUCAACUCAUUGUAACAAUUGAAAGUGCAAAUAUAAAAAAUAGUGGUGGAUUGAUUAAACCACAUCCAUAUGUUGAACUUAUUGUUGAUGAUUGCAAAAGAAAUAAAACUGAAGUUAUCAAAAAUACAUAUCAACCAAAAUGGAAUGAAGAAUUCACUGUACUUGUUACUCCAUACUCAAUAUUACACUAUCGUGUACUAGAUUAUUGUAAAUUUCAAAAAGAUGUGCUCAUAGCUGAAAAGAAUAUUAGCCUUUAUGAUAUUUUAUGUAAUUAUAAUGGCGUCUGUGAUAAUUUGGAGUUGACAAUUGAUUUGAUACGAACUCGUCAUCAUGAUCAUCAAGCUUCAAGUUCAUCCACAUCUAACAAUUUGGUCAAGGUUGGAGAGUUGAUUACUAUAUUACACGGUUUUCAAAUUGAUAUAUCUCAAGUUUCGAAUCCAUCUAGAGAAUCAGGCUCUAGUAUCAAUAAUCGUCAAGGAUUAUCAAAUGGCGAUUUUAGUAAUGGAGUUAGAGCUCGUAGUCGAACCUCUACAAGGGCUGUUGUUGCAUCAUCAGUUCAAACAACAGACAUGAAUGUAUCAAAUCGUCUUGUAAAUAAUGUGUUAACAAAUAACAUUCGGACAUCACAAAAUCCACCAUCACACAAUAAUUCUAAUGAGGGGACAAUUACUGUUCAUCAUCAAAAUGGUCCUGUUACACUACCAAUAGAAGAGCCAUUGCCCGCUGGCUGGGAAAUGAGAUUUGAUUCAUUUGAACGACAAUAUUAUGUAGAUCAUAACACAAAAUCAACAUCUUGGGAACGACCUCAACCAUUACCUGCUGGUUGGGAGCUAAGAAGAGAUAACCGUGGGCGUAUUUAUUAUGUGGAUCACAAUACUCGUACUACAACAUGGCAACGUCCAAACAUGGAAAGACUGCAGCAUUAUCAACAUUGGCAAGGCGAAAGAGCUCAUGUAGUUCAACAAGGAAACCAAAGAUUUCUUUAUCCUCAGCAUGCUUUGGGAACAGGUUCUGGACCAAAUAAUAGACAAAUUGCAGUUCCACCAACCCCUGUUGUGGAAGAAGAACCAUUGCCUAGUGGUUGGGAAAAGCGUAUACAACCAGAUGGAAGAAAUUAUUUUGUUAAUCAUAAAAGUCGCAUUACCCAAUGGGAAGAUCCACGUACACAAGGAACUGAGAUGAUUAUUGAUAAUUCUGAUUUACCAACUGGUUGGGAAGUAAGAAAAACCACUGAUGGAAUUAGAUAUUUUGUUGAUCAUAAUACACAUACAACUACAUUUGAAGAUCCUCGUAUCCAUGUACCACCCAUUCAAUGUUCUUCUGGUCCUUAUGGGGUACCUGCCGCUUAUGAAAGAUCAUUCCGUUGGAAAUUAAGCCAGUUCCGAUAUUUAUGUCAAAGUAAUGCAAUAUCAAGCCACAUUAAGAUAACGGUUUCCAGACAGACACUGUUUGAAGAUUCCUAUCAUCAAAUAAUGAGAUCUGCUGCAUAUGAAAUGAGGAAACGUUUGUACAUAGUAUUCCGUGGCGAAGAAGGCUUAGAUUAUGGUGGUGUUUCACGAGAAUGGUUUUUCUUACUUUCCCAUGAAGUACUCAACCCAAUGUACUGUCUAUUUGAAUAUGCCAACAAAAAUAAUUAUAGCUUACAAAUUAAUCCUGCUUCAUAUGUGAAUCCUGACCAUUUGUUAUAUUUUAAAUUUAUUGGACGAUUCAUAGCUAUGGCUUUAUAUCAUGGACGUUUUAUUUAUUCUGGUUUCACAAUGCCCUUUUAUAAGCGUAUGCUACACAAAAAACUUAACAUGAAAGAUAUUGAAUCCAUUGACCCAGAAUUUUAUAACUCAUUGGUUUGGAUAAGUGAAAAUAAUUUAGAAGAAAGUGAUAUUGAAAUGUAUUUUGGGGUGGAUUUUGAAGUACUUGGUCAAGUUGUGCAUCACGAGUUGAUUGAAAAUGGUGACAAAGUAAAGGUUACUGAUGCUAAUAAAGAAGAAUACAUUAAAUUAAUGACUGAAUGGAGAAUGACACGUGGCAUUGAAGAACAGACUCAGGCAUUAUUAGAUGGUUUUAACGAAGUAGUAGCACUAGAAUGGUUGAAAUAUUUUGAUGAACGUGAACUUGAACUCAUGCUGUGUGGGAUGCAAGAGAUUGAUGUUGAAGACUGGCAGCAGCACACAAUUUAUCGACAUUAUAAUAGAACUAGCAAGCAAAUCAACUGGUUUUGGCAGUUUGUAAGACAAGCAGACAAUGAAAAACGAGCAAGACUUCUUCAGUUUGUGACUGGAACAUGCAGAGUUCCAGUGGGUGGGUUUGCUGAGCUUAUGGGGAGCAAUGGAGCACAGAGGUUUUGUAUUGAAAAGGUUGGUAAAGAAACAUGGUUACCUCGGUCUCACACAUGCUUUAAUAGGUUAGACUUACCGCCAUACAAGAGCUAUGACCAACUAGUUGAAAAACUCAAUUAUGCUAUUGAGGAGACUGAAGGGUUUUCUCAAGAAUGAAACACAAAUAUUUUCAGGUUAAUGUUCCCUCAAUUGUUACGAUUUUAAAUAUAGAUAUAGUAGUAUAAUAUACUAAUAUUUACAAAACCGAACAUUGAUAUCAUGACCUCACGAGAUCAAAUAAACAGUGAAACCGUAUUUAGCUUGAUAGAGGUUUAAAAUACAUUCCUUAAUUUAUAUUCUGUUUUUAUUUUAUGCAUCGUUAAUUAAUUUUGGAGUUAAGGUGUUUUAUUCAUUGAUGUUUCUCGUUAUAUAUCUCCCAUUCAUAUAGUUACUAUUAUAGAUUUUAAGAACUGUGUUUUUAUAAAUAAGGCGCAUGUAUGUAAUAAAUAAAUAAAAAAGUACUUUAAAUAUAAUGUAUGGAAUGUAAAACUUGAUGUACAAAAAAAAAAUGAAUGGUGGUUAUGAUUUAUAACAAACUAUGAUUUUGGUGAAAGAAAGUUUAAUUUAUAUUUAAAUAAAACAUAAUCCACUUAUUCAUUUUAAAUAGUUUUUAUUAUUWAAUUGAACUUAUAUCUGUUCUAUUUGUUAAUUAAACAUAGGGUACUUAAAUAUUAUAUAAUACAUUAAAAUAUUUAUUUAUUGCAGUACUAUGCAAGAAUAUUAGAAUUGAAAAUGCAUGUGAUCUAAAACUGCAAUGAUAAUCAAAUUUAUUAUUGUUGUUUUUCUUAGAUUGUGCUUAUGUUUUUGCAAACAUGUUUAUUUUUUUAAAACAUUUAAAGUUACCAUGUAUAACAUUUGUUUAUUUUGUAUUUUAAAAUCUUAUUAUGAAGAAUUUUAGCAUUAAUUACAAUAUAUAGGAUUAGGACCAUACAGCAUUUAGUAACAGUUGUGUUUAAAAAUGCUGAAACAUAAAUGUAUUCAGUUUUUUCUUAUGAAUGAGCAUUUACGAAAAAUAAAAAUUUAGCUCAAACUGUUUAAAAUAUUUUAUAGGAGAUAUCUUUAAAAAAUGUUUAUAAAAUUUGUUCAGACAUUAUUUCUCUGGUUAUUAUGUUAUUAGAAAAUUAAAAUUYAUUUAAGGUAAUUGGUGAUGGACAGUUGUUAAAGAGUUAAAAAUAGGCAAUUUUAAAAUUGCAUGCAUGMAGAUUCUGUAAAUGUGUGUCGCGCAUUAUGUGCGUGAUCAGUAAACAGUUUAUGCUCAUUUGUAUGURCUUUUUGUCCAUCAUACCGAUUGGGCUAAUAAUUUAUAUUUCAAGAAACUGAUCUGAAUUCUUUAUGAUAUCUACUUGUUUGAAAAUUUCCAAAUAUUUAAACUAAAUAACAGUUGUUGUGGUUGGGGAAGGGGGGUGAAAUUAAGAAAAGUGAACUGAUCAAUCUCAAGUUAGCAUAAUAAGUAGAGCUCGAAUGUUGAUGACCAAAAUGUCAUAAAAAUAUGCUUUAAAAAAAUCAAAUUAUUCAAUUAAAUGUUUUAAAAUAUAUUUAAUAUACU